GUAUGGCGCCUGUCAGCUGUUAGCUAGUGUGAAACAUCAGUCAGUGUCGGUAACUAUCUAACAAUGUUUUCUGUGGGGGUUCUGCAUAGAUUACGACCCUGCCGUGUUUCUCAGCUCUUCAGUAACAGACACGUCACGGCCACGCGACAUGUAGCGACGCUGAGCGCGUGCUGUGUGAGGACAGAGAGCGCGAGGAGGCUCCGCGCGGAGGGAAGGUCGCUGCUCUCCCUCAGCAACAAGGUGCAGUCCCACCUUCCAUUCACCCGUUGUCUCUUUGGGGCAACCAACUCUGAAGAUGGCAACCUCAUUUACACUGGCAACCUGGGCCGCACUGUUCGAACGGUGAAGAUGUUUUCCUACGGCACCAGUGCAGUCAGCAUCGUUCUCGUGCCCCAGAUCUUCCUGAAGUCAGAACUAGUGGCCCAGAGCCUCAUCGCCACAGCUUCUAUGUAUGGAGUCAUUGCAUUCUUCACCUUCCUCACCCCCGUCCUCCUCCACUACCUGACCAAGGUCUACGUGCUCCGCCUGUACCAUAACCCCGACACAGACACCUAUACAGCCAUUACCUGCAAUAUCGUCCUGGCUGAGAAAAAGACAGUGUUCCACCAGAGACAGGUGAAGGUCCCAGCGGUCAGCCAGAUGUUCACCACCUUCUACGCUGACAAGAAGGGUCUGCUGGUCAACCCGGACUUGUUUCUUCUCCCUCAGGACUACAACCACCUGAUGGGCUACGAUAAACCCUUCAGCUUUGACAUAGACGACGUAGAGAAAUCUGAGAAGAACUGAGCUGCUGAUAGUCUAGACGGAUUUCAGAAUAAAG